GAGAGAGUGCGCGCGCGCUGACGGUCCAGCAGCUCGCGCUGCAGUCACCCGUCAAUGGGACACUCACGUUAAGGACUUUUGUGGCUCCUUCGCGCGAAUCGUUAACACUGUAAAGUUCUAUUCGUUAGGAAUCAAAACACUUUUGCCUGUUCAUUGUGAAAUUACACUUAUGAUUGACAAGUAUGGGAACUACGCGUGGAAUCGUUUGGGGAGACAUCGCGGUGCUCCUGCUUCUCCUAUCUAAAGGUUCACUUGGACUGUAUUUUCCUCAAAGGCUGUACACAGAAAGCAUCUAUGUGGGUCAGCCACAGGGAUCCCCAGUCCUUCAGGUCCAUUCAAUGCGGGAAAGCACUACAGAGAGGCCAUAUUUCACCCUGUGCUCCCAUAGAGACACUUAUGCAUCAUGGUUUCACAUGGAUGAGGCAACUGGGGUCCUUUCAAUGAACAAAACCCUGGAGUGGAGCGACUUCAGUAGUAUACGCAGCAGCUCGGUUAGGUCUGUGAAGGAUCUAAACCUGAAGGUCGGAGUCUCUCCAAUGCCCUUGCAGAAACAGUUGUGCCCCUUCCUUUCCACAGUGGAGGUCAAACUGAUGUUCAUUAAUGACACAGCGCCCUCCUGUGGCCAGGUCGAGCUGAAAACAUUGUGUUUCCCUGACAAGGUUUCAAAACCCCAUAUCACAGAGAACCGUAUGCCAGGGGCCCUGCGGCAGCUCCGGCGCUUUACACGCAUGAACAUUUGCCCCAACUACACCAUCAGUUAUGGAGUGGAAGCAGUCUCUCCAGCUCCAUUUGCUGUCGACGGCUCCACUUCAGAACUGGUGGUCACGGCGUACGUGGACCGUGAGGAGAUGGAAUCGUACCAUCUGGAUUUAGUGUGUAUAAUACGGACAGAAGAAAAGCUGGAGAAGUUCUUCAGUUCUCUGCACGUGGACAUCUAUGAUGAGGACGAUAAUCCUCCUUUUGUGAAUGGGACUGAUACUGAGGACAUCAAAAUAGAGUUUAACCGCAGUGAGGGUACUGUCUAUGGAACUCUGUUUGUAUACGACAGGGACACAACGCCCGUUUAUCCCACAAACCAAAUUGAAAAUAAAUUAGAGGGCACCUUAAUGGCAAAUGACUCCUGGAUCAAAAACACUUUUACUAUCGAACACAAAUUUAGGGAAGAAAGAGCCAUUUUUGGAAAUGUCCGCGGGACAGUUCAUGAAUACAAGCUGAAACUCAGUCAGAAUCUGUCUGUGACAGAGCAGCGCUCAUUUCAGUUGGACUACCUGCUCAAUGACACCACUUUCCCAGGCCCAGAGGGAACAGUGCUGUUACAUUUCAAUGUGACUAUCCUGCCGGUUUCUAUUCACUUCUCCAAUGUCACCUACUUUUUCACUGUGUCACUGAAAGCAACAACAUACUCCCAGAUUGGAAGUGUCUGUGUGGACAACUGUCUGAAGUUUAAGGGCAUUGAUGUCACGUAUCAAUUUGAGAUCGCAGACAGGAACAUCUCUGCUGAUGCUCAGUCAUGUUAUAGGGCAGUUGGCCUCACACAGAACCCGAAUGAGAAGACCGGUGUGCUCUAUGUGAAUGACACCGAGGUGUUACGCAGACCGCAGUGCCAAGAGCUGCAAUAUAUAGUUAUUGCAGAGGAGCAGCAGAACAAGUUUCAGGCCAAGACGCAGCUCGUCAUUAUUUUUGAGGGUGAAGCAGAUCUCAUGAGGCUAGAUGAGCAGCCGGUUUUGGCUUGUGCAGAAAAGAGACAGCGAGGGGAGUGUGAGGCGUCUCGAGGCCUGGCAGCCCCAACAGGCAGAUGCCAGUGGAGACAAAGCAGAGAUACAGGAAUAUCUCCAAAUUACUCUACCUGUUCCCCUGACCUCCGCACAUGUCCAGAUGGUUACUGUGAUGCCAUUGAGAGCAAAAACAUAUCCAUAUGUCCUCAGGAUUGCUCCAGUCAGCCUGUAAUCGGGGGUUACGAGAGGGAACUGUAUGGAAUCAGAGCUGGACAUGGGACCUGCUACUGUUUUCCAGAAAGGUGCUUCUGUGAAAAGGACGAAUUAAAAAUGGCCAUUUGUGAAGACAUGUGUAAGACCAUCAUUGCAACUGGUGUCCUCCUCUCCAUUGUCUCCAUCAUCCUGUCCUGGUACUUUAUCCACCGUUAUCAGAAGAGCACACCUAAACCUCCCAUCGCCUCAGCUGAAAUGACUUUCCGCCGACCAGCCCAAUCCUACCCAAUCAGUUACUCAGCGAAUAAUGUUCGUCGAGCUUCUCUAGAUUCCAUGGAGAAUCAGGUGGCCAUUGAAACCUUCAAAAUACCCGAAGAUCCAAAGUGGGAGUUCCCACGAAAGAACCUAGUGCUGGGUAAGACUCUUGGAGAGGGAGAGUUUGGGAAGGUUGUGAAGGCCACGGCUUUUCGCCUCAAAGGAAAAGCUGGAUACACUACAGUUGCUGUGAAGAUGUUGAAAGAAAAUGCAUCUCACAGUGAGCUUCGAGACCUCCUGUCAGAGUUCACAUUGCUCAAGCAGGUUAAUCACCCUCAUGUAAUAAAAAUGUAUGGAGCUUGCAGCCAGGAUGGUCCAUUAUACUUAAUCGUUGAAUAUGCCAAGUAUGGCUCACUGCGGAACUUUUUGAGGGAGAGCCGGAAAGUUGGACCAAGCUACAUGGGCAAUGAUGCCAACCGCAACUCCAGCUACUUGGAAAACCCAGAUGAGAGAGCUCUGACCAUGGGAGACCUCAUCUCCUUUGCUUGGCAGAUCUCCAGAGGAAUGCAAUACCUGGCUGAAAUGAAGCUUGUUCACAGAGACCUGGCUGCCAGGAAUGUGCUGGUGGCAGAGGGAAGGAAGAUGAAAAUAUCCGACUUUGGUUUAUCUCGAGAUGUUUAUGAGGAAGAUUCAUAUGUGAAGAGGAGCAAGGGUCGUAUUCCUGUUAAAUGGAUGGCAAUAGAAUCUUUGUUCGAUCACAUCUACACCACACAAAGUGAUGUCUGGUCUUUUGGUGUCCUCUUAUGGGAGAUUGUAACUCUGGGUGGAAACCCCUAUCCAGGCAUUGCUCCAGAACGUCUUUUCAACCUUCUGAAGACGGGCUACAGGAUGGAGAAACCAGAGAACUGCACGGAUGAAAUGUACAAUCUGAUGCUUCGCUGUUGGAAACAAGAGCCAGAUAAGCGUCCCACUUUCUCAGACAUCAGCAAAGAACUUGAGAAGAUGAUGGUGAAAAGUCGAGUAAGAACAACAAAUAAUUUCUCUCACAUACAAUCACACAGAAACAAAUCCACACAAAUCAAAACACAGCUUGAGCUAAACCUGACUGAAUUCGAGCCUGUGUGA